CCAUGUUUUUUAACUAUAUAAGCGACGCUUUGCCUCCGCGCUGUUAUUAUUCUGAAUUGAGAGCUUGAGCGAGCUUCGAAGUUCUUGCAAGUUGCAAGUGUGCUGUGUACCACAGUGUUAUUACAAUGGCUCUAUUACCUUAUUUAUUAGAUUACGAGUUGAGGCCGAGACGACUUCACGAUCAGCUAUUUGGUUUGGAUUUAGCGUCAGAUGAUUUCUUAACAGAUGUCUUCGAUCGUCCAAUUCGCAACUAUUUGAGACCUUGGCGUAACCUGUCAGCGUUAACUCGUGACGUCGGUUCCACAAUUAAGUCGGACAAGGAUAAAUUUCAAGUUAAUCUGGAUGUGCAGCACUUUUCGCCAGAUGAGAUAUCAGUCAAAACCGCAGAUAACCAUAUCAUAGUAGAAGGCAAACACGAAGAAAAGAAAGAUGAACAUGGAUAUAUUUCUAGACAGUUCAAACGUCGGUAUCUUCUGCCAGAAGGCUGUAACCCAGAAAUGGUGGAAUCUAAAUUGUCUUCUGAUGGAGUGUUGACGAUAAUGGCUCCGAAAACUUCAGGUGAAAAGGGAGAGAGAUCGAUACCAAUAACACACACCGGGCCAGUUCGAAGGAAGAUUCAAGGUGACGAGGAAGUCCAGAAUGGACCGGAAGAAGGAAAAACUCCAAUUAAAAAGAAGAAACGUUAAUUUACUACACACUGAUAUUCUAAAAUACAAUAAGUAUUAUUAGGUUAUGAUUGUUAAGACUGAUUUUUGCUAUUAAUUUUCUUUAAUAAACAAUUUUCGAUUUUA